AUGGCCGAGGAGAUCGAUUGCCCUGAUCUCUUUGACAAUGGCGGUGAUGACGCAGAUUUGCUUUUUGGGAGCCCCGAUGGCGAUGAUGGUGAGUUAUCUUCCCUUUUCAGGGAGAUCGCCAGAGCCGAGCCAGCGCCUACGCUGACGCUCCCUCAGCUUCAUCUGCCUCGACCUAACCUUUUUGAGCCCAAUAUGCCCGCAGCUCCUGAUCCUCUUAGUGCUUCUUUUUUAUCGCACCAAGAUGGACACACUUCAGGUAGCAUCGUGGUUAGUACCCUCCUUUCAGAUAUUGGCACUCUUCCUCCUGGGCCGACCAAAGACGCUCCGCCUGACGAAGCGGGCCUAGAGGCGGACUUUGAGAAAGAGUGGGAGUCAUUCAUUAGCAACGACCAGCUCGUUAAUUCUCAUCCAGAUAGCCAAGACAGCGAGGCGGCUCUGGAAGCCGAAUUUGAGAGGGAGUGGGAGUUGACGAAAAGUGACGACCAACCCGUCAAUCUUCAUCCAGACGCCCAACACAGCCACGCUGCUUUGGAAGCCGACAUUGAGAAGGAAUGGGAGUUGGCGGCAAGUGAUGACCAGCCGGUUGAUACUCACAUAGAGAGUCAAAGAAGCGAGGCCGACCACGGUGACGAGUUCAUCUCUCCGACUCGGAUUCUUGGUUUUCGCUACGCCAAUUGCCAGAGCAGCGGCACAUUCCGCGUGCCCCGGAGAGUUGAUCAAGACGAGAUGCAGGCCGAGGCGCUCAUGCAAUGUGUCACUCUCAGCCGCCAGCACACGCUAAGCGAUCUCUACAGCAAGCUUGAGCUGGGAAAAAUCGAGGGUAAGCGCCUUAGCGAAGCCAUCAAAGAAAGACUGAAAGCACCCCCAUUCAGCCAACUGGUUGAGCAGCCAAGCAGAGGGCGCCUAGAGACGAAGCGAGAUCUCAUCAGGGCCUCGUUUCAAUUGCUGGUUUCCGAGAAUUGGGGGACUACCUGGUUUGGGACCGGUUGCCAAAAUGUCGAGUCACGGACCCUACUUUGGCCCGCAGACUCAUCACUCCUCCUGAUCACCUUCUCUCUUCUCCUCUACAGGAGUAUAGAGAGUCGGAAAUCGGCAAGCAAAAAACAGUUUCGAAGAGACUCCACCUGGUCGACCUUAUCGGUGCCACCAUCACCGCCACCCUCAUCACCCCCGCAGAAGUCUCCCGACAACCCUCCGGCGACUCCUCCACUCACUGAGAAGGGCAGGCGCUUGUUCGAUCCCAUAGCCCGCAACGCGACUAUCGCCAAGAAGCGCAAGCAUGCCGAGUCAGUCAUGGGCUCCGCUGAUUCGAAACAAAUCUUUGAGCUCGAUAUUCCUCCCAACGCCAAGCUCAUCUACUACAUAUAUGUCAGGGACAUCAUUGACAGCAGCGAGCUGAGCGAUGUCACCAUAUAUCGGCACGAUUGGAUCAUGUCACACGGCGGCUUCUCCGGUCUCACCUCGUCGUUCAAGACUGCGGGACUUGCGCCCGUCUUCGAGAUCCAAACUGCUUCUCAGACUAAAAAGAUCGAGAGCGAAGACGACUGGGAACAGGCUGUCCUCGGCAUUUACAACAGGAGGCGCUCGGGUGGGGUGGUCAUUGUUGACGUCUGGGUGUAA